UUGACUUCUACGUCCACUGUAUACAAAGAGAAAAGAGCGUCGAGUACCCUCUUGGCUGUACAUCUGCUUUUCUGGAUAGGCUGUUACGAAACGCAUUCCAGCGACUUUACUGAAAUAAUACAUCUCUAUUUACAGCAGAGCAGACGAGGAGAGUCACUAGUGUUCCUCCGCAGUGGACACUUCUAAAAAAGGUGCUGAGAACAGGGACAGUCAUGGUGGAUUAUUAUGACAUUCUAGGAGUGUCACGAAAUGCCACUCCUGAUGACAUUAAAAAAGCCUACAGAAAACAGGCGUUACGAUGGCACCCAGACAAGAACCCUGACAACAAAGAAGAGGCAGAGAAGAAAUUUAAGGAAAUAGCUGAGGCGUAUGAAGUCCUGUCUGACAGAAACAAAAGAGAGGCGUACGACUCCUAUGGGAAAUCAGGCGUGUCCGGAUUUGAUGGCUCUUCGAGUUCCGGAGAUUUCCCAGGAUUCACAUUCACAUUCCGCAGCCCAGAUGAAGUCUUUCGGGAGUUCUUUGGGGGCGAGGAUCCUUUUGCCAGUUUCUUUGAUGACUUCCCGUUUGGAGGUAUGCAUAGUGGGCUCCGUGGCUCCUCCUCCAGACUGGGCCCUGGUCGAUUUUUUUCAUUCCCAUCAGCUGGAGUGGAUUUCACAUCCUUCUCCUCCUCUCUGGGAGGAAUGGAAAACAUGGGCGGAGGAAACUUCAAAUCUGUCUCCACCUCCACGCGCGUUGUCAACGGGAAAAGCACAACCACCAGAAAGAUCAGAGAGAAUGGUCAGGAAAGAACAGAGAUUGAGGAGGAUGGGGUCCUGAAGACUGUCCUCAUUAAUGGUGUGGAGGAUGAAAUGGCGCUCGCACUGGAACUGAGUCGCAGAGAACAGUCGUCCCAGUCCUCCCAACCUCAGAUCUCGCAUCCCAGAGCAACCCACGCUGACCCUUCCGGUACCCGCAACUCCACCCAACGCUCCUUUAGCUCCGCCCCUUUCUUCCACUCCGAGGCGAACGACAGCGACGACGAGGACCUGCAGAUGGCGCUAGCCUACAGCCUGUCGGAGUUGGAAGCGCAGCAGAAAGCGGCCUCUGCCCAGGACGUGUUCUCAGGUGCCGGGGGUGUAAGGGUGACACAUAUCAGGGGAAAGGAUGGCGAAAAGAAAUGGAAGGUUAACGUACAGCAGCACAAAGUAGAGCAGAGCAGUACGGGGAACGCGACGCAAAGCACGCAGCCUUCUCCGCGGAAAGACAGAGGGACGGAGAGAGGGCCGGUGGGGACAGAGCAGAAUUGUAGCCAAGGGCCUGUUGUAGUAGAAGAUGCAGAGAAUGAAGCAAACAAGAAGAGCACGGUGAAAAAGAGGAGAAAGUGUCGUUGCGUGGUGUGUUAGCGUGUGUGUGUUUGCGCGCGUGGUGGUACAGCGUUUUGCCUUUGGGCGGUAUGAGGGCGGAGCCCAAAAGAGUUGCGACUUUAAUUGUUCUUUUUUUUUUUCCCUCAAUUUUACUCUUGAGUCAAGCUGAUGAUGUUAUGUUUAUAUAAAAAAAAAAAAAGCUGCCUUGUCAAGUUUGUGCAGUGCCUUGACUGAUAGUGCCCUGUCUCUCUGGCCCAAAGCAUGUCCUGCUGCAAUACAGGGCCUUCACUGUGUCACUGUGUUACUCUGUAGUGUUUACAGGAAUCAUCGCUUAAGUGUCAACUGUGUACUUUGGAUAGUAAACGAAUUGCUUACUCAAAACCCUCGCGAUGCUUCAGAAGUCCAGUGCCAAGUCGUGAAUGUUAACCAUUCAAAAGGACGUUUUACAGAGGAUGCAUGAAACAGUGCAGUUUACACGUGCCACGCCUUAGUCAUCCAUUCGUCUGUGACGCUGUCGCUUCAGUACUCAAGCUCAGGUUCAGAGCGUCUGUAGCUUAUCUUGCUAAUUCGACUCCUCAGCUUCAGACUCAAGAAUACCCUGAACUAAAUGGUUUGCACUUGGUCUAAUGUAACUUUUAUAUUUUCAGUUUGAAUGACGGGAAGUUAGUUUUCUGCAGACUAGUCAAUACACUAAGCCAAAAAGAUUAUCUUUGUUGUGGAGGACUUAUUCCAGUUAAUAGCGAAUUGAAGCAAAAUUGCUGUUGAACCACUGUAAGGACAAUAUUUGACUGAGUAAUGAUGAUGUCAUACAUGGUUUUUCACUGAAUAGAAGGCACAAUGACAUGUGGUCUGAAGCAGCAUGUCUGUCUAGUGUCUCUAAGAAGAGAAUUUAGACUCUCUGUUGGACUGACGCGUCGGCCCCUCUUCUGCUGCCGUGUGGAAUUCUUUCGUACGUAUUUGAGGAAUGUUUAGGGUGGAAUUUUCAGGCACUGAGGAAUUUCUCCAAACAACACUAAAAUAAGCGUUUUUCAGCAUUUCUACAGUAGGAGAUGUGCCAUUAAAGAUUGCAGACACUAAUGUUUAAGUUAAACUUGAAGCAAUAUUUUAACCUUGAUAUUUCAAUUAUGGGAUGCAGCUCAGCUCAGCUGAACAAAUAUUUUCAUAGCUGUUUUUUCAAAAGUGAUGAAUGUACAAUUAAUGACUGAUCAGCAGUGUUGAAAAGUUGAAUUUAUUUCUAAAAAAAAAAAAAAAGGACAAAAUGUACGAGUUAGGAAUUAAACAGUGUUCGGAAUGUCUUAUAUUCUGGGAGGAUUGAGAAGUGAUCAGUGUUGAGAAUUACAUAUCGAAUGUGCCAGUUUUACUCUGAGCACAGUAAUGACUGAAUGUUUAUGCCAUAGACAGUUUAACAUUUAUAUCAUAAUUAAAGUUUGUAGCAGCCCUUUCUAUCAAAAGAAACUAAAACCAAGUUGAAGUUUUUUUUUUUUAUUUUAAUGAGUGAAGCAUGCAUUGAUUAUGCAUUGUUAAUCGAUUUCGCCCCAGAUCAAUGUAGUUGAUAUGUCUGCACCAUCCUUCCUCUAUUGACAAAUGAACACAUGCACGUAAAUGCAUGUCAGUAUAGAGGACUAAAGGCUGGUGACAAGUGGGUGCUUCAAAUUUCCUAUGUUAUACAUGUUUUCUUCUUUUUAUUUUUUUACAUUUGCCUGUUUUAAUUGUUUAUUGUUUGUUUGCAAUUGUUAACACUAAUAGGAAGGACAAUAAAAGCUGGAAACAAA